AUGGAAAUUGCUAUUUACGAAGGAGCAGCUAUCAAUGAAGUGUCUCUUAAAAGAGAUGAGCGACUGGAAAAAGUGCAAGCUCAGAUGGGAACCAGUCUAGCUGCCUUAGGAAAGGCUCUUUCCAUGUUGAUGAACAGAGCAGAGUCAUUAAGCGAAACAGAUGAUCAGCUUUUGGAAAUCAUCGAGGCUGUUAGUGAUGGAGACAAAUUACUAACGGAUAUCUAUUAUAAUCAAUCCGUUUCAAGACAAAAUGCAGUUAGUGUCAAUCUUGAUAAGAGCCUCAAAAGCUUCAUCGAAAAUACUGAUUUUGAUGGCUGGUUAUUCGGAACGAAUUUGAGCAAGAGAUUGGAACAAGAAAAACAAAUAGUCAAGUCAGGAGAGGAAUUGAAGCUUAAGGUGACACCACAAAAAAAACCGAGAAUGGAUUCAAAAAACUCCCAAUAUCCCCCAGGCGGCAGGUGGGUCUGGGAGGAUCCCGGCAAUUCAGGAAGAGAUCAUCGAGUGCACAGGUACAACCGAGGACACAACAGUACCGGUCUUAUCAACGGAAAACAGGGGAAUAUCAUCACCAAUACAAGAGGUCCUCGGAGAAGGACCGUCGUCGACGUUAUUGAAUGA